AUGGAGAUUGUAAUUUCAUUGAUAAUCUUAUUUGUUGGGAUUGCUAUUUUGGUGUCUAUUCAUUUCUGCAUAGUUGGAAGGGCUUUUAGAAGGGAUAGUAACAAUGAAGACAUGCAAGUCCAGAGUAGCAGUACUAGGAGCACUGCAAAAGGAAUGUUUGGUGGUGACAAUAUUGGUGACUUGAAGAACCUUCCUUGUUUUGAUUAUGUGGAACAACCAGAGAAAGGAAACAACAACCUUGUGGAUUGUGCUGUUUGUUUGGAGAGUUUUAAGGUUGGUGAUGCUUGUAGGUUGUUGCCUAAUUGCAGGCAUAGCUUUCAUGUUCAGUGUAUAGAUUUGUGGAUUCUCAAGACACCCUUUUGUCCAAUUUGUAGAACAUGGGUUCAUUCACGUGUAAUUAUGAGGGAAGGAAGUGCUGAUUCUGAUAUUGUACAUAUUGAAAUGCCAUAA